AUGGUAGAGGCUCUAAGGACAGCUUGCCCUCGAAACGGCGGUGCCUUCAGUUAUAAUCCAGUCCAUCUAUCGGUCUGGUACAUGCCUGAAGAGCUGUGGGCCCGCCUCCCCACUCGACUUACCGGGAGUAUUGCAGCAGUACAGCACGCCGGUGCAGCCGUCUUCACCGGGUUCGAACGCCUCGAAACACUGGGAGAAGCUCUAUCUCCCAGCGAAAAUGCCGAGGACGAUAUCGUGCCCGUCCCCGGCGUCGUCAAGCCCCGCGGUCUCAGCACCAUUACCAUCUCCUCCAACGACUCGGACGCUUCAGCAACGAGCUCUCUCGCAUCCUCAGUGGUGUCCACCCCCCUGUCCACGCCUAAUCUCUUCUCAAUGCCGGUCUCACCUUUUUCACUGUCACCGUCCAGCUUCGAGAAGACUACUUCAAAGCCCCACCAGCGCCAUCACGCACGCUCUUACACGACCCCGAUGGAGCCGGACAUGGCGUACUACACUCUCGAGCUCUCCCACCUGCGCACCGAAUCGCUGCCGUGCCUCCGCCACGCGAUCCGCGUCGUCGACCGGGAGUUGAACGAAAGCAAGCGGCUCGUCGAACUUGACGAGGAAACCCUGGGCGAGUUCGAGGCGUGGUGGGUCAAGAAGAAGGCGACGGCGAUCGGGCUCGACCAGAAGGGCCUGGCGCUGAGCAUCCAGCGGGGCAUACCGACCAAUGGCCUCGGCUGGUCUGCGUGA